UUGAAUUAAUGUCAUUUCCAAAAUCAAACACCAAAAAAUAAGUAAUAAAAUAACUAGCAAAAUAUAUAAGAGAUGGUAUAUAUAUUACUGCAUGCUUCUUUAAAGCAAAAAUUUACAAUUGGCCAUUUUAGUCCUCUUCUCCACACUUGCUCUCUACAACUCUUCUACACCAUCAUCACCUUCUUGUUUUACUUUCUUCAUAUCUACAUAUAACUUUCCAAAAAUAGCACACCCAUUUUCUCAAAAUCUUUCCUUUUUUGAGUUUUUGAGAUAAUUGGGUUUGAGUUUUAUUUGUUCAAUGGGACCUAUAAGGGGGUUAAAGAGGAAGAAGAAAGUGGAAAAAGAUGUUGACCAAUAUACCCCUUUACAUUCUUCUGUAUCUCAACUUUGUCCUUCAGAUUGGUGGGAUGAAUUCUCCAAAAGAAUUUCUGGGUCUUCAGUGGAGGAAGGAAAUUCAGUUACAUUUGAAUCUCUGUUCAAACUUUCAAGGAAGACAUUCAACUACAUCUGUUCACUUGUGAAGGAAGACAUGAUGUCUAAACCUACAAACAUAACUGAUCUCGGCGGUAAGUUCUUGUCUCUAAAUGACCGAGUUGCUGUUGCUUUGAGACGGCUGAGUUCAGGCGACUCAUUGUCAGUUGUUGGUGAGUCUCUUGGAAUACACCAGUCGGCUGUCUUUCAGAUAACUUGGCGAUUUGUGGAAGCCAUGGAAAAAAGCGGCCUUCACCAUAUCAGUUGGCCUUCAAAUCAAGAAGAUAUGAAAGACAUAAAGUCUAAAUUUGAGAAUAUCCGAGGCCUUCCCAAUUGUUGUGGUGCUGUUGACACCACACAUAUCAUUUUUUGCCUCUCUACAGCUGAUCCAUCGAGUAAAGUUUGGUCCGAUUUGGAAAAGAAUCACAGUAUGAUUUUGCAAGCAAUUGUCGACCCUGAUAUGAGAUUCCUAGAUGUUUUAGCUGGCUGGCCUGGAAGUCUAAGUGACUCUGAGGUGCUCAAAAGUUCAAGAUUCUUUGAACUCGCGGAAGAAGGAAAGAGACUAAGUGGGGAGAAAUUUAAGCUCUCAAACGACACAGAACUGAGAGAAUACAUCGUUGGUGACUCAGGGUUUCCCCUUUUGCCAUGGGUUCUUACUCCUUAUACCGGACGCAAACUUUCUGAUCAUCAAGUCGAUUACAACAAGCGCCAUUUUGCAACAAGGAAGGUGGCACAGAGGGCUUUGGCCAGGUUAAAAGAUAAAUGGAAGAUCAUUCAAGGAGUAAUGUGGAGGCCUGAUAAACAAAAGUUACCAAGGAUGAUUCUUGUAUGCUGCCUGCUGCACAACAUCCUCAUCGAUUUAAAAGAUGGAGUUCAAGAUGAAGUGGCGAUGACCCAUAAUCAUGAUCCUGAUUAUGGGCAACAAGUUGGCGAUUCUAUGGAUAAAUCUGCUUCAAUUCAAAGAGAGAAACUUGCUCUCCACUUAGCUAACAAGUUGCCAUCUUAAAUAUGUUCUGGGCUGAGAUAUGCGCAACAAUUCUUUGUAGUUCCAAAAGCCAGUUUAUGAUCCACGUAGUUCAAAGUCAAGAGAAAGAUAACAUCUUGUGAAAAGACACCAACUAUCAACAACUGUGAAUUUUUAUGAUGUUAGUUAUACUGCCCGAAGUGAAACAUUGUAGCGCCGUUAAGUUAUUUUCGUGUGAUCUGUAGAUCAGUUUUGAGUCAUGUAAUCAACCACUAAUGCAUGAUGCUUCAAGCCAACAUAGGCUGUGUACAUCAC